GGAGCGACGCGCAGUGUUUGGGGUCACCGGCGUCCCCGCGCGCGGCCAUGGCAAGGCCGCGGCCCUGCGAGCCCAAGCACGCCAGGUGCGGCUCGCCGUCGCUGCCCGAGCGGCCGCUGCAGGUGAAGGUGGUGGGGCUCUUCAGCUGCCCCAACUUUCAGAUUGCGAAGAGCGCCGCUGAGAAUCUGAAGAAUAAUCAUCCAUCCAAAUUUGAAGAUCCUAUAUUAGUUCCUCUUCAAGAAUUUGCAUGGCAGCAAUAUCUACAGGAGAAAAAAAGGGAACUCAAAAAUGAAACCUGGGAAUAUUCCUCCUCUGUGAUGUCUUUUGUUAAUGGUCAGUUCCUGGGUGAUGCAUUGGGUCUACAGAAAUGGGCCCACGAGGUGUGGGAUAUAGUUGACAUUAAACCCUCUGCACUUUAUGAUGCACUCACUGAGGAUUUUUCCACGAAAUUCUUAAGAGAUACCAAGCAUGAUUUUGUGUUUUUGGACAUUUGUAUUGAUUCUUCUCCAAUUGGAAGACUGAUUUUUGAGCUAUACUGUGAUGUAUGUCCCAAAACAUGUAAAAAUUUUCAGGUCUUGUGCACAGGAAAAGCAGGGUUUUCUCAACGUGGCAUAAGACUACAUUACAAAGAUUCCAUUUUUCAUCGAAUAGUACGGAAUGGCUGGAUACAAGGAGGGGAUAUAGUGUAUGGAAAAGGAGAUAAUGGAGAGUCGAUUUAUGGACCAACAUUUGAAGGCAAUUGAUUGAAGGAACAGAAGUGCUUAAACAACUAGAAUUAGUUCCAACAGAGAAUGAAAGACCAAUACAUAUGUGUAGAAUUACUGACAGUGGAGAUCCUUAUGCUUGAUUUUCAUAUCAAUAUUUUCUGUGAUAAUUUAUUACUUUGUAUCUGAUCAGCUGUUUGUAGAUUUAAUUAAACAGUACUUGAUAAAUUGUAAUUUGAAAGCUGUGGCAGACACUGUAGGUUGCCUCGUCGACACCCAAUCCCUCCCCAUCUUCCUUUCCUGUCUCUGUCAUAGAGACUGUGAAAGGACAAUACUCAGUUUCCUAGACUCCUUCUCAGCUACGGGUGGCCACAAGAGAUGGUUGUGGCCAGUGAGACAGGAGUAGAAUGCCAGUGGUCCUGCCCCUUCCCCUUCGUCCUGUCUGGAAUGUGGAGAGGCUGGAGCUGCAGCUGUCAUCUUGUGGCCAUAAAGAAAAGGCCGAGGCCAGGUGCGGUAGCUCAUGCCUGUAAUCCCAGCACUUGGGAGGCCGAGGCAGGUGGAUCACGAGGUCAAGAGAUCGAGACCAUCCUGGCCAACAUGGUGAAACCCUGUCUCUACUAAAACUAUAAAAAUUAGCUGGGCAUGGUGGCAUGCACCUGUAGUCCCAGCUACUCGGGAAGCUGAGACAGAGGAAUCGCUUGAACCCGGGAGGCAAAGGUUGCAGUGAGCCGAGAUUCUGCCACUGCACUCCAGCCUGGCGACAGAGUGAGACUGUCUCAAAAACAAAAAAACAAACAACAAAAAAAAACAGCCAAGUACUGCAGAGAUGUCAGCCCCAAUCUCUUGAGCUGCAGAACCAAUACCGGCAACCACCUACUCUGGACUUCUUAGUGUAUGAGACUAACAGAGCCCUGUAUUAUGUUGUUUAUGUUACUGUUGGUGGUUGAGAAUUUUGUUACUUGUAGACAAAAAAAAUUCUUAAUUUAGCAACAUACUUGAUAGCCUAAGACAUUUGUAAUAAAAUUAUGUUCUUAUUUGUAACUACAUGUACUCCCAGGAGAAACUUGGUAAUUAACCAAAUAGGAAUGAUGCAAAAGAAAAAGCAAUUCGUUUUAAUAUUUUAUUGUUUAUACAUAGCAUUCAGAAAGGGUAUCUAUACUUCGGAUGUUUUCAUACAUGACAUGAACAUCAUCCUUAUCUCUCUGAGCCAUACCAACCCUGUGAAAAACAAGGGAUUGUGUUACAGUCUCCGUGGUGGCUGACUCAUGUGAUGUUACUGGAGAUUCAGCUUUAUCACUACUCUGUAGUCUAAAGUUCUCAAGCUCAUAUCACCUGGGGAGCUUUUAAAAUGUAACCUAACAGACCUUGUCCUUGACCUACUGAGGCAGAGUUCCCAGGCGUCGGGCAGAGAUUCUGUGUUUAUUUGGUUCUUUCCCCAGGGUUCCCAGGCAUGGGGCGCAGAUUCUGUGUGCAUUUAGCUCUUUCCCCAGGGUUCCCAUUUAGACAGCUGGGCACUAGUCAUCUGGGAAUCACUGCAAGGUAUAAGGAACUGGUUCCAGCCCCCAUGGUGUAGUGUAGUCAGCAGAGUGCUUGACUGUGCUGUUGGUGACCUUGCUCAGCUCCUGUUACACCACUACCCUAUGCCCUUGCUCUGCCCAGACUGAGGGGGCUUUUCUUUUCUUUUUUUUUUUUUUAUUUUUUGAGACGGAGUUUCGCUCCGUCGCCCAGGCUAGAGUGCAGUGGUGCAAUCUUGGCUUACUGCAAGCUCUGCCUCCGGGUUCACACCAUUCUCCUGCCUCAGCCUCCUGAGUAGCUGGGACUACAGGCGCCCGCCACCAUGCCUGGCUAAUUUUUUGUAUUUUCAGUAGAGACGGGGUUUCACCAUGUUAGCCAGGAUGGUCUCGAUCUCCUGACCUCGUGACCUGCCUAAACCUUGGCCUCCCAAAGUGCUGGGAUUACAGGCGUGAGCCACUGCGCCCAGCCGAGAGUGCUUUUCUUACCCUAAGCAGAAUGAGGUUUGUCUUCCAAGAACAAUCUCUAUUUACAUCAGUCUUAAAGGGGCAGGCUUCUGAUAGAUAUGGGGCUUGCCAACAGUAGGCAUAGACUUUUUUUUUUCUUUUGAAAUAAUUAUAGAUUCACAGGAAGUUGCAAAAAAAAGUACAGAGCAGUCCUGUGUAUCUUUCACCCAUUUUCCCCAGUGGUUACACUUACAAAAUGGUAGUACAAUAUCAAAACCAGGCAGUUGACAUUGGUACCAUGUGUGUGAUGCCAUUUUAUCAUGAGUAUAAUCAUGUAACCAAUACUACAGAGAAAAUAUAGAACCUUUCCAGCACCUCAAAGACCCCCUUCCAGUACCCCUUUACAGUCACACCCGCUCCCCUGCCCCCUGCCAUCCCUAACUCCUGACAACCGGCAUUUGCUUAUUUUUAUGACAGCUUUAUUGCUAUAUGACAUAUGCUUUAUGCUAAGACCUAAGGUGGAUGGGAGGAAGCAGACCGCCUAUGUUAUAUUCUCAAUUGACCCAGAGAAGCAUAGUGUUAAGAAUGUGUGUUCUAGAGCCAGACUGCCAGGGUUCAAAUCCUGGCUCUGCCAUUCCCUAGCUGUACAAACUCAGGCAAGAACUUUUCUGUGCCUCAAUUCCUUCAUCCGAGAAACAGUGGUACCUACCACAUAGGAUUGUUGUGAGGGUUCCAUGAAUCAAUAAUUUGUGUAAAGAACCUAUAAGAGGACCUGGUCUGCUGUAAGCACUCGAUAAAUUUAAUAAUAAAUUACUAAUGUGUAACCUUCAGGGCUGGUCUGCUGUAAGCGCUUGAUACAUGUAAUAAUAAAUUACUAAUGUGUAGUCUUCAGGGUGUAGCCUCAGAGCUUGGACUUUCUGAAUGCUCUCCAAUGACUCUGACAGCCAGAUUUGGGAAUCCCUGAGGAGAGUCUCCCUCUUCCUGUACUCACAGACUUCUGGGCAGUCUGAGAACUUGGGUGAUUUGUCUGCAGCUUCCAGACUCUCUCGCUGGGCCUUUGCCCAGGUUCCUCAGGUCACACUGGGGACAUCUCAGACAAAAGGGAGAUGGGCUUGCCACCAGGAUUCAAAACAAUUGGUGAAUGAAAACUGAUUCUUUGCAAGGAGCCCAGUUAAAACACAUGGCAAGCGUUGCUCAUGUAAUAACAAGCAGCAGGGCAGUUCUUACUGGUGAUGAACCUAUGUAUUAAUGGCAUUAGGCAUUUUAUCUGAUGUUGUGAAAGAACUGGAAUAUUUGCGUGGGUGUAAGAAACUGAUUCCAGCUCCCUUUGUCAGCAGCAAUAGAAAGAUAGAACUCUGCCAGUCUUCUAAAGGAUGGCGAGUUCAUGGUCCCUUUGUUCACUCUAACUUUCCACUUCUGGGCUGCAGAAACUUCAACCACAGAUCUAUGCAGUGGUUCUUAUCACCAGCACUUAAAAGUAUACACACUGAUACUUCUGUGCUAGAAUGAUUUGUAUGUUUAACCUCCUGGUUGAAGAAACUGGUUGUCAGAAGGACUCAAAAGUUUACUCCAACGAACUCCACACGUUAAGACUUUGAUGUAACCAAACUGAAAUAUAUUAAUUAAAUAGAAGGGAUUCUAGAUUUUCCCACAUCUAUAGAUAGGACCAUAAAGGCCUUCUGAUGAUUUACA